GCAGCCGUGCCGGCGGGGCGGGCGGAUUGAUGUGGGGGGGUCUGACAUGAGUCCGCCGGCCGCCGGGUGCUGCCAUGUGACCGGCUUCAAGGUGGAGAACUGGAAGCAGAACCUGAGGGUGAUCUACCAGUGCUUCGUGUGGAGCGGGUCGGCCGAGACCAGGAAGCGCAAGGCAAAGUCGUGUAUCUGUCACAUGUGUGGUGCCCAUCUGAACAGACUUCAUUCUUGCCUGUACUGUGUCUUUUUUGGCUGUUUUACAAAGAAGCACAUUCACGAGCACGCGAAGGCAAAGCGACACAACUUAGCCGUAGACCUUUUGUAUGGGGGUAUAUACUGCUUUAUGUGUCAAGAUUACAUAUACGACAAAGAUAUGGAACAAAUUGCCAAAGAAGAACAAAGGAAAGCGUGGAAGCUACAAGCCUUCACUCCAACAAUGGUUUCUCACUACCAGUGUACAAUGACAGGUAUUGGAGAGAAGUAUUCAACAUGGGAGCCAACCAAACGCGAGUUAGAGCUGCUUCGACACAACCCCAAGCGGAGGAAAAUAACUACAAACUGCACCAUAGGUCUCAGAGGGCUAAUCAAUCUUGGGAACACGUGUUUUAUGAACUGUAUUGUCCAAGCACUUACCCACACUCCACUACUGCGAGAUUUCUUCCUCUCCGACAGACACAAAUGUGAAAUGCAAAGUCCCAGCUCAUGUCUGGUCUGUGAAAUGUCUACGCUUUUUCAGGAGUUCUACUCUGGGCACCGAUCUCCUCACAUUCCAUAUAGGUUACUGCACCUGGUAUGGACGCACGCACGGCAUUUAGCAGGGUAUGAGCAACAGGACGCGCACGAGUUCCUCAUUGCUGCGUUAGAUGUGCUGCAUCGACACUGCAAAGGUGACGAUAACGGGAAGAAAGCCAACAACCCCAACCACUGUAACUGCAUCAUAGACCAAAUCUUCACUGGUGGACUUCAGUCUGACGUCACUUGCCAAGUCUGCCACGGUGUUUCCACGACGAUAGACCCGUUCUGGGACAUCAGUUUGGACUUACCGGGCUCCUCCACCCCGUUUUGGCCUCUGAGCCCGGGCAGUGACGGCAGUGUGGUGAACGGGGAGAGCCACAUGUCAGGAACCACCACCCUCACAGACUGCUUGCGAAGGUUUACAAGGCCAGAGCAUUUAGGAAGCAGUGCCAAAAUCAAAUGUAGUGGUUGCCAUAGCUACCAGGAAUCUACCAAACAACUCACUAUGAAGAAAUUACCCAUUGUGGCCUGUUUUCAUCUCAAACGGUUUGAACACUCAGCCAAACUGAGGCGAAAGAUCACUACGUACGUCUCCUUUCCGCUGGAGCUGGACAUGACGCCUUUUAUGGCCUCCAGUAAAGAGAGCAGAAUGAACGGCCAGUACCAGCAACCAGCGGAUAGUCUAAACAACGAUAAUAAGUAUUCCUUGUUUGCAGUAGUUAAUCACCAAGGAACCCUGGAGAGCGGGCACUAUACCAGCUUCAUCCGGCAACACAAGGACCAGUGGUUCAAAUGUGACGAUGCCAUCAUCACCAAGGCUAGCAUUAAGGAUGUACUAGACAGCGAAGGGUAUUUGCUGUUCUAUCACAAACAGUUCCUGGAGUAUGAAUAGCCUUAUCGAGCAGCUUGA